UAAAAAAAACUUCUAAAUGUUGGGAAAUAAUUAAAUGUAUAUAGAAAUAAAUCUUUUUCGAGUCAUUUAUACAUACAAUAUUUACAAUUACUAAUCGUAAAAUGUCAGGCGACAUUGAACACACAAAUGAAUCUGAAAUUUGUGGAUUGUGCAACAAAAAUAAAAGUAAAUAUUGCUGUCCACGAUGCGAAGUACUUUAUUGUUCUCUAGACUGCUACAAAUCAGAGAAACAUAUGCAAUGCUCUGAAAGUUUUUACAGAGAGUGUGUUAAUGAUGAACUAGCUUCAAACGAGGUAGACGAUGAAGCAAAACAAAAAAUGGUGGAAAUUCUUAAGAGGAUGCAAAACGGUGAUGUCAACUUACAAGACUUAGAAGAUGUAGAUGGUGAUUUGAAUUUAGAAGACUCAGACGAUGAUUCCGAUCUCGAUUUACAUUCUAGAAUUAAGGAUUUAAAUCUUAAUGAUCCAGAUGCUAUUUGGAAUGCUCUAACAAAUGAUGAGAGGAAUGAAUUUGAAGCUCUUGUCAAUGGUGGUGAUGUGGGCUCAAUACUUCCCCUGUGGGAUCCCUGGUGGAUGUAUCGUAAAGGGAAACAACUAGUAGCAGAAGUGAAAGAUGCUGAUAAUGACAAAUAUAAAGAGAAAUGUCCCGCCUUAAAGAAUGUGCCAGAAUUCCAAAGUCUUACUAGUGUAAAGCCUUCGCCAAGUAUUUCCUUCAACAUAUCAAAUAUACUGGCGUCAUAUGCAUUUAUCAUGAGAUACUUCAACGGAGAAGUGGAUCCAGUCGAAGGAGUAUCAUGUUUAUUGGAUAUCUGUGGAAAUCUCAAUGUGAACACAAAUUUCGAAGAAAUGGAUAUUGCAAUAGAGGCUGUGGCUCAAAACUGUUUACAGAGUGAGCUGAUAGAAACAGAUAAAGAGAGUUUGGAUAUAAUGAAAGAAGAUGUUUUAAGACUACUACAGGGGCCCUGUGAAGAUAACAAACUGUACUACAGUAGAGCAGCGUUGUCCGACCUCAUACAACUACUCACAGACUCUAAAUCUAAACUCAAAGUUGAGAAAGAGAAGAAUACAGAUGGUGAAUUCACAAAAAGAUAUCCAGACCAGAGGCCAUUUAAUUUAGAUAAAAGUAAGAUCAACAAAGCUAUAAAGAAAUUAGAAUAUUACCUAUCAUUUUUGAAUAGCUGUGAUACAUGAUUUUAGCCAUAUUAUAUAGGUUUGAAUUGAAUUCUUAGUAUGAAUAAAAACAUUAUGAACUAUGAGAAGAGAGAUACAAUAAAGAUAUUAUAAAUAUUGCAAGUA